UGCAUCUCCAGGGCUGCCCGACAGUGCAGGUGGGAGUUCAGGAGCCUGCUGGGCUUGGAAUCCUGGUUCAGCGACUUAGUGCCUGCUGUGUGCUAAGCACCUUACCUAACCUGCCCCACCAACGCAGGUGUAGUAGCAAGGGCUUCUAACUAACGGGACUGUCGGGAAGGUACAGCAAGCAAUGGUCCAGAGGGCCGCAGUCCUGCUCCAUCCAGGGCAGCACCAUUCCUUGUGUCCCUGGGAAAAGACUGCAGCCAGCCAGAUACCCACCUUGGGGGCCCCAGCUUCUCCAAGAUGAUUGCCUUCCAUGUCUCUUGGGCUGUGUGCAUCUCCCUGCAGACCUACCUGUCCCCUCCCAUCUUCACGGUGCUCUGGCACCUGAAAUACCCUGUCCCCAGCUUGCCAACCUGGCCCCUCACAGUGUCUUCCCCCUCCUUGAAUCCUUUCCCACCUGCUCUGGGCUCUGGUGGUGCUUGGCCCCCCUCUAUCACAGCGUUUAUCCCCCGCGCCCUGCCACGUCUGCUGGGAUGUGCCCUGUCCCGGGGCCUCUCCGGCACUCAGCUCCGUAUGCCUGGACCCCAGCAAACACUGAGCUAGGGUCUGCUGAGAGGGUGAGAGUGCCCUGUUCUGGACUCCAAGGUCGAGAUCCAGCUUGUGUGUUUGGAAGAGGGCCCCAUCUAAAUUAACUUAAAUUAAGAAGAGGCUUUCAACCAAGAAGGGAGUGUCACAUCUUCAAAAUUUAUGACUUUCCCCUCAUGUGCCCCUCUUCCAUCCCAGGGCCAGCGCCCCGCGAGGAGGCCGUGAUCCCGGCUGAGCCCUCAGGUGACUGCCCCAGCGCGGGCCGGGAAAGGAGCUGGUCUUCAGAAAGGGUCCCUUAGCAGACGGGCGCAGUUGGCACCCCGUGGGGGGGGACACCGAAGCCGAGGCGGCAAGUAUCGCGAGACAGCCCCCUUCCCCGCCGCGCCCCGCAUCCGCUCCCACCCCAGCGCCCCAGCUGGUGGCGCGCGGGGCCCGGCCGGGCGGGGCGGACAGGGAAGGGGCGGCGAGAGUGACCUCAGCGGUUCCGUCGCUCCGGGAAGUCGCCUCGGCCCGCCCCCUCCAGCCCCCGCCCCGAGUUUCGCUCUCUCCGGGGCGGGGCGAGCGGCGGGCGGUGCCGGGCCGACCAAGUUGGAGCGCGCCCCGCCCGGCUCCCUCCCCGUCCCCGCGCCCUCCCCGCCGGGGCGCGCUGCCCGUAGCUCCGCGCGCGCCGGUACCACACUGGGGAGGGCGCGCGGCGCGAGCGGCGGCCGGAGAGGAGCUCCGGGCGGCGGAGGUGAUGACGGCGGCGGCAUGGAGUUCCCGGAGCACGGCGGGCGGCUGCUGGGCCGCCUGAGGCAGCAGCGCGAGCUGGGCUUCCUGUGCGACUGCACCGUGCUGGUGGGCGACGCGCGCUUCCCGGCCCACCGCGCCGUGCUGGCCGCGUGCAGCGUCUACUUCCAUCUCUUCUAUAGGGACCGGCCCGCGGGCAGCCGCGACACGGUGCGGCUCAACGGCGACAUUGUCACGGCGCCCGCCUUCGGCCGUCUGCUGAACUUCAUGUAUGAGGGCCGCCUGGACUUGCGCAGCCUGCCGGUCGAGGACGUCCUGGCUGCCGCCAGCUACCUGCACAUGUACGACAUCGUCAAGGUCUGCAAGGGCAGGCUCAGGGAGAAGGACCACGCGCUGCAGCCGGAGACGCCCGCCCCUGGAGCAGAGCCGCCUGGCCAGUCCCCAUACUCCCUGCCCACCUGGACGCCAGAGCUCUGCCCAGCUGCCCAGAAGGCCAGGCUCCCCCAGGCUGGGGUCAAAGCAGCCCUCCCUCCACGAGCACUGGGACCUCCUCCCUGGCAGGCCCCAGGAGAGUCAGACCUGGCCCUGGACCUGUCAGUGAAGCCCAGCCCGAGGCCAGAGCUGGUCCACCCACCCUUCGUCCUCCAGACACCCCCCUGCGGCCGGAUGCAGCCAGGGGCCCAGCAACUAGUGAAGGAUGAGCCGGACUCAGUGUCAGAACGGGAGGACAGCAGCAGCCCUCAGAGCCCCCACAGCCCCCUGCAGCCACCCUGUGUUCCUGCAGCUGAGUGCCAGGCAGGGGGCCUGGAGCCGCUGCCUGUCGGCAUGGCGGACAGCGGGCAGCUGGAGCUGGAUGCCCAGCGGGGAGCAAGCAGGGCGGAGCUGGGGCCUGCCGGGCACCUCUGCCUCUGCCCGCUGUGCAGCAGGCUGUUCCCCAGCGCCCACGUGCUGCAGCUGCACCUCAGCGGCCACUUCCGCGAGCGGGAUGGCACCCGGGCCCGAGUCUCACCCGACGGCGCCGUGCCCACUUGCCCGCUCUGUGGAAAGACCUUCUCCUGCACGUACACGCUGAAGAGGCACGAGCGCACACACUCUGGCGAGAAGCCCUACACGUGUGUGCAGUGCGGCAAGAGCUUCCAGUACUCCCACAACCUGAGCCGCCACGCCGUGGUGCACACCCGUGAGAAGCCGCAUGCCUGCCGCUGGUGUGAGCGCCGUUUCACGCAGUCCGGGGACCUUUACCGCCACGUCCGCAAGUUCCACUGUGGCCUGGUCAAGUCCCUGCUGGUGUGACGCGUCCCUGUGGGGCUGAGGAUGGAAGGGAGGGGCGGGACCUCCCCAGAGGGGCACUGGGAUGGAGAGCAAGGGACUGGGCGCUCAGCCUGGUGGAAGCCCCUGAGGCUGGGCUUGCCCACCAGAAAGAAUCCUGCUGCCCCUGGAACGUGGCCCCGACCCGGUGACCCCGAGGGACACGGGCAGCCCUCCUCCAUGCCUACUCUCCAACUCACUCCUGUCCCCAGGCUGUGCCCUCACCUGACGCUGUCUUCCUCUCUGUCCCCUCUUGCCAGUUCCAAGGGGUGUCGGAAGGGCCCACAAGCAUGGGCCCAGGCUUCUCGGGGCAAGGCAGCACAUUUGUCCUCCCUCUGGAGCUUCCCAGACCACCUCACUUGCACACUCAGGGGUCCCCUUCUGAGCCUGGCCCCACACGUGGUGAAGGAUGCACACGUCGCCGGAGGCCUUGGUGUGAGUCCCUGACGGGGCUUGGACAGAACGGGUCACUCCUGCUGGGUGGCAGCAGCAGCCGUGCGGGGGAGGCCCCGGGCACUCUGAGUGCCAGCAGGGGCCAUCAGCGCACCGCUGGUGUUGCAGAGGGGUGCAGCCCCCCGUGGGGACCCCGGCGUGGCAGGAGCAGAGCCAGCCAGAAGCUGAGUGGCUCCGGAGUUACCAGCCCUGGGGUGGGAGGUGGGUGUCCUGGAGCUUUUGAUCCUGACCGCACUGUAACUCGGAGCAAAGAAAGUCGGGAUUUGGAAAUGAUUCUCUAGAUGCAGAAAGAGCCUCCCCGAGGUUGCCAGAUGUCUGCCUGUGGGCAAUGGGUUGUGCUACUUCCCCGCCUGCACACAGGGUCCAGGGCGCCUCAGGGUCCCCAGGGUGAGCCAAGGGGGCCUGAGAAUGCAGCCAUCUGCCUGGAGUACCACAGGCUACAGCUGGGCCAUGGUGGACCUCACCCUCAGGGUCCUUCUCCUGUUCGGGGUCUCUGUGGAGCUGCUGGUCAUUUCCAGAGCGCCAAGCAGGGAGCCAGAGGCUGCUCUCUUUACCAGCAGUAUUGUUCGCAGGCUCUCCCUGCCUUACAGUGGGGUGAGGGUGAAAGUGGCCAUCGUCGAGAAAGGGGACGGGGAGGGCAGGCGGCUGCUUGCCUGGGGUCCCAGCCCCCCUCUUCACCCACAGCCUUGGGAGGCUGGCUCUCCUGGACCCUGCAGGGCUGCCGCACAUGCAGUUGGCUCGGUCACCCUCCUUGCCCGCCUGCUCACUGGGCACAUCCCACUGCUGGAACCUCAGUAGUUGUGGCCAAGGGGUGGGCACAGGGGGGCUGCCCAGCUUCCACGGGUCCUGCAGGUGGCAGAACCACUGGGACUCCUGGAUUCCUCAGACCAUGGGGGCUAUUUCUGCUUUAACUGGAAGUGGCACUGAGGACAGAGUCCACCAAGUUUAAGUUAUUAUCUCUCCUCCUGACAACACUUGAUGUCAUAUUUAUUCCUCUGCCCUGUCUGGAGUGAAGGGACCACUGGCCUUUGCAGCAGGUGGACAGACGGCUCGUCUCCCUGCGCGCCUCACUCUCCUGGUGGGCAUGUGGCCAGCCUCAUGGCACAGCGCCUUUUGGUGAUACUCGGGGCUCAGAGGCCCUGGGCUGCCUGCGGACCACAGAGAGCACUGGGUGAAGGGGACACCCCACCUCCAGAAGGGCUGCUGGGACCUCAGGCUUGGCACGAUCGGGUGUCCGUGUGUGUGCGUGUGUGUCCAACAUAUGGCAAGGUCCCAGCCAAUUUGGCAGCCGUGGCAGCCGUGCCGCCCAUCCCUGGAGAUGUGGCAGCAGCCCUGGUUUUCCCCAUGGGGUUUCCAUGGGGAAGAAACUUACUUUCCUGGGGCAGGAAGCCCUGAGCUAUCAACACUGGAUUCAUUGUCUUCUGGAAACAGUUACUGUGAAGUUAAUGUAAAGAGAAGUGGUCAGUUUUUAACUUGAUAACCGACACAGGUCAGAUGAAAUACAUAUAUAUAUAUUUAAGACACUAACUGUGUGGGGGCGUGUAGCAGAGGUGUGUAGAUGUAUUUUGGGCGGAACCUGCUAGGUGGGGUCCUCCCUCCCGGGGCCAGCCCAGCCGCCUGCCCCCAGGUCUCCCUCUGCUCUGCCCCUGGGGGCUGGCUCCAGGUCACCCUGAGGGCAGUCGUUGGAGCUCGGAGUUUGGCGGGAGGUUGCGUUUGCUCGCACGCACCUGCCCGCUGUGGCAGUUUGGAAAUGAGUGCUGUCUUCCUGUGUUCCCACCGUCGUCCUAAUGAUGCCAGUGGUAAUAAAGCGCACCGCAGCUGGG